AGCUACUGACAGAGAUGGAUGGAUUUGAAUCUGAUACGAAUGUCAUUGUUAUCGCUGCAACAAAUAGACCAGAAGCUUUAGAUGCAGCUCUAUGUCGACCUGGACGGUUCUCCAGGAAAGUACUUGUUGGAGAGCCAGAUGAAAAUGGAAGGAGAAAGAUCUUAGCCGUACAUUUGAGAGAAGUACCCCUUGAGGAAGAUAUGGAACUUAUCUGUAGCUUAGUUGCAUCUCUUACCCAAGGCUUUGUGGGUGCUGACCUUGCUAAUAUUGUCAAUGAAGCUGCCUUACUUGCUGCUCGAAGAGG